CGCUUCGUCUUUGACCUUCCGGAGGGCACCUCGUCGGGCCUCACCGUCGCGAGCGCUCUCGUCUGCAAGGCGUCCAAGGAGGGCGAGUGCGUCAACGACAAGGGCAAGCCCGUCAUCCGCCCGUACACGCCCGUCACGGCGCCCGACGUCGAGGGCAAGCUCGAGCUCCUCAUCAAGCACUACAAGGGCGGCGCCUUUACCGAGCACAUCUUCGGCCUCAAGGCGGGUGACUCGGUCGCCAUGAAGGGCCCGAUCCCCAAGCACCCGUGGAAGGCCAACGAGUUCGAGUCGGUCGGCUUCAUCGUCGGCGGUUCGGGCGUCACGCCGGCGUGGCAGAUCCUCCAGGCGAUCGACGCCAACCCGCAGGACAAGACCAAGGCGACUCUCAUCUUUGCCAACGUCACCGAGGAGGACAUUCUCCUGCGCAAGGAGUUCGAGGACCUCGCCGCCCGCAAGCCCGAGCAGUUCCAGGUCCACUUUGUCCUCGACAAGCCGCCUUCGGGCUGGAAGGGCCCGACCGGCUACGUCAAUUCGGAGGUCGUCAAGGAGGCGUUCAAGAAGUUCAACACGACGCCCGAGUCGAACGUCAAGAUCUUUGUCUGCGGCCCGCCGGGCCAGGUCAAGGCCAUCUGCGGCCCGAAGAAGUCGAUGAAGGACCAGGGCGAGCUCACUGGCACGCUCGCAGAGCUGCAGUACAAGAAGGAGCAGGUG